GUAUCCUCCAUGAUGUUACAACUGCAAGGUGCCCAGAUGCUGCAGAUGCUGGAGACAUCCUUGAGGAAAAGCCUCCCUUCCUCCUUAAAGGUUUACGGGACUGUUUUCCACAUGAACCAUGGAAACCCAUUCAAGCUAAAAGCCCUGGUGGACAAGUGGCCUGAUUUCAAUACAGUGGUUGUCCGCCCUCAGGAGCAGGAUAUGACAGAUGACCUUGAUAAUUAUACCAAUACUUACCAUAUUUACUCCAAAGACCUCAAAAACUGUCAGGAAUUCCUUGGCUCACCAGAAGUCAUCAACUGGAAACAAUGUUUACAGAUUCAGAGUUCACAGUCCAGCCUGAAUGAGGUGAUACAAAAUCUUGCAGCCACUAAAUGUUUCAAAGUCAAACACACACAGUGCAUUCUCUAUAUGACUCCAGAGACAGUCAAGAAACUUGCCCCUUCCCUGCUGGAUGUGAAGACUUUUUCACCCAAUAAUUGCAAGCCCAAGCCCAUCAACCAAGAGAUGUUUAAACUCUCAUCCCUUGAUGCUUCCCAUGCUCCCUUGGUGAAUAAAUUUUGGUUUCAUGGUGGCAAUGAAAGAAGUUGGAAAUUCAUUGAGCGCUGUAUUCGGAACUUCCCCAGCAUCUGUCUGCUGGGGCCAGAGGGGAGCCCUGUUUCCUGGAGCCUGAUGGACCAGACUGGAGAGACACGGAUGGCAGGCACCUUGCCUGAGUACCGGUCCCAGGGCCUCAUAUCCUAUGUUGCCUAUUCCUUGGUCCAAAUAUUGGACAAACUUGACUUUCCCAUCUAUUCUCACGUAGACAGGAAGAACAUAGCUAUGCAAAAAGUGAGUCACGCUUUGUGUCAUAUCAUCCUGAAAGAAAACUGGAACCAGUGGAACUGCAUGCCUCUGUGA